UCUCUUUCUCUCUCUCUCUCUCUCUCUCGCUCUCUGUUAUAAACAACAUCCUUCCUCCAGCCGCCUGCUAGAGAAGAGAAGGCAGGGAGGGGUCCAAAGACUUAAACAGGAGGACAGAUUUAUUAACUUAUCUCGGCAGAUAAAGGUGAUGGCGGUGGAGGUUAACAGGGAUCUGACGGUGCAGGUGCUGGAGGAUGUGAACGUUGUCAAGCUGACUGACAGACAGCAGGCUCUGCGCGCUGCCAUCCAGAGAGGAGAGCCCAAAUGUCUGGGGGUGAGUCAGGUGAUGCUGGGGCUGAUGGUCAUAUCCUACUCCAUUCCUCUGCACUUCACUGAGGUCACUGAGGUGGUUCGCCUAGGAGUUCCUUUCUGGAGCGGCCUGACGUUCAUCAUAACAGGAGUGCUCGCUAUCAUCUUGGACAAACGCUGCACCAUGAAGAUUCUGCGGGUGUGUCUGGUGGCCUGCAUGGUGUCCGCUGUGCUGUCAGUGGUGGCUUUGAUCAUCUACUCUGUGGACAUGGACAAGAAUCGUGUGGAGCCAUGCGAAAAGAAUACGUAUGGACACUGCAGCGAGAAACACUACGCCACGAAACUGUGCAGAGGAGUGAAGUUGGCCCUCCUCCUCUUCACCCUGGCCCAGGGAGCCGUCUCUGCCGUUCUCUGCUUCCUUCUCUUCAGGCAGAGGCGCAGCUUCGGACAGUACGCUUAUCUCACUGAAGCUGCUCCAUCAACCCCCACAGCACUCGUACCCCCCGACAUGAACUGAUCAAUCACUGGACCAGUAGUCUGUGAGGUCAUGGAUCACUUCUCUGGAUCACCUGUUGUAUGUGCAUUGACUUUGUCUAUCUGCUUUCUACGUGUUUUUAUGAAUGUCUGUCAAGAGCUGAUUACUUGAUUAUUGGUACUCUUCAGCCAAAUGAUUCAAAGCCUCAACGAACAACAGAGCUGUUAAUAAUAGAAGUAAUAACUCUUAACCAUUGGUAUAAUUGCUCAAAUAUGACACACUGAGAGACAGAGCAAAGAUGAAACAUAGAAAUUCUGACACAUGAAUAGACAAAGAGAUUGUUUUUCUCUUUUGGGAAAACUAUCACAAGACAUUUAAGUGGCCAUUAAAUGUGAAAAUGUAUCCUGAUAAUGGUGGCAAACUCUCUGGGCGGUACAGGUACAGAUACAGAUGCAGCCAUGUGUGCAGGAAGUGGUGGCUGCAGGCUCACAGUGCACCUGGAGCACAGACAGAGCAGGAUCAUAUACACACAAAAUAACUCACUGCAUAAGUAUUCUCCUCUGUUACGGCACACCUAAACUGUCAGCACAUAAAAUGUACAUUAAAAGCUGCAUCAAGAUCACCUGUGUGUAAUCAAAGGUGACAAGUGAUUUCGAUUAAAUACAGCUGAAUUUGACAACGUCCUCACAAACACUUUAUCAACUCGCCAGCGUUUUUCACUGGUCACAACUGUCUGGAGACAAGAAGCUUCUAUGGUCUGCUGAGAUCAAAUUAGACCUUUUUGACCAUCAUUCUAUAGUGUAAUCGAAAUACCACCCCAGGAGUGAAGCCCAUGCUAGUGGCAGUAUCAUGCUGAGAGGAUGCUUCACUGCAACACACCUUGUGAGGGUCGAUGAAUGCAGCUAAAUAAAGAAAAAAACCUGCUGUAGAUGUAGUCAGCAGGACACCCGCCGCUUUGGAGAAGAUAUAUUUAACAUCAAGCCAGUGAGCUCAAUACAGUGUAUAUUCUUAACAGCACCAUUCAUUCAAAUACAAUUUAAAAAAAAAAACAAGGUCCACUUACUAAAUUGCUCAGUAGUUGAGCUCCAUCAGCUGCAUCUACUGAUGAGGACUGUGUGAUACGAUUGAAAGCACCUAAAAUAGCUAGUAAGUAGACUUUGAGUUGGGAUUUUUCCAAGGUCAAGGAUUACUUUUCAUACACUGUUAAUGUCAUGGAUUAACCCAAGGAGGGUGAAAAGAGGAGAUGUCACGUAUUAUCAACUCGCCAUAUCUUUGGGGGUUCAACACAUGCGCAGUAAAAUCUGAUCUGAGCCAAUCGCAACGCACAACCGCAGCUCCAGUUACACCGCGCAUGUGUUAUACCCAGAGACCCGUGUCCCAGCCUCUCUCAAUAGGCCUCAGAUAAACCAAUUCAGAGCCCAGACCUCCAAAAUGUGUGCACAUGAAAACUAAUGUCCAGUCACAGUCCUCAUGAUGUCCACUCACAAUGUCCACUCACUGUCCUCAUGAUGUCCACUCACUGUCCUCAUGAUGAGCCACACAGACACAGAGCCCUCUGACUUCCAUUCCUGGUGUUGUCUAUUGUCUGUUUUUCUCACUUUUUGGAACAGAUGUGUGCGGCACAAAGUAUUUUUUGUUUUUCUACACUGUUUGCACAAUGUUAUAAAAUAUGUCCCUUGAUGUUGUACUAACACUUUGAUAUAGUUUUGUUUAUUUUAUACAAAAUAAAAUCUUAUGUACAUAUAUAUGAAUGAAA